AUGACCUUACAUACCAUAUUAUCGACCCGUAACAAGGUAAUGCCAUUCGAGGAGACUGCACAAACCGACCAACUACAUCAAGAAUAUGAGAAAGUGAGCCAACACAGCGAAUUGGAGAGAAGUCGUUUUUCCAUUUCCAUCAAGUGUCUCAUUAUUGUAUUGCUUGUUUCAGCAAUUGUGGUCUCCGUUCUUUUCCUAACAACUGUUUGGGUCACUAGUUUCAGCUCGAGUGUUUCCAUUAUGAGCGAUUCGUUAAUGAUGGAACAAUUUACAAAAAUUAUCAACUACACCGAUGAGACAAUCACAAAAGUAGUGGUAACUUCUCAAACUACUAAAAACAUUUUAUGGCAUACUUUUAAUUACUCGGAUAUCGUCACCAAUGAUUUGAUAAGUUACAAAUUGUUCAAGUCUGCUCAUGAUUAUUUGGGUGACGUUUUGGUUACAGUUUAUUUUGGUGAUACUAAGGGUGGUAAUAUUGGCAUGUUUGUUUAUAAUGGAACUCCCAUGAUUAUUUAUUUAAAUACGACUGGUCAAUACUUUUCCUAUUGUAAACAAACACUGGCAUUGGAAUAUUGUAUUACAAAUUCACAGUAUCCAGAUGUUGUAUUGCCACCAUUUGAUUUGGGCCCCAUCAUGGAUGUUGCUCAAAAUUAUCCCAAUCAACCGACUUAUACUCUCUCAUAUACUGAUGUUACUUUACCUUCUGUCACCUUUAUGAGCUUGAUUAAUUCAAAACCUACUCUAAAUGUCACAAGAAAUGAUGGAUUUAGCUAUGAUUGGUAUUUGGGAAUUGAUAUGAGUGUGUCUUCAAUUUCUCAAUACUUAAAGAAAGCGAUUGAUAACAUUCCCGGGUCGUUCGUCUUUACAAUUGAGGUGAAAACUGAUUUUAUUAUUGCUUCAAGUUUUCCAACGUUACCAGUUUCAAUUUGGGAUAGUCAAGGAAAAGAGACUCGUAAAACAGCAUUGACUUUUGAUUCUCCUCUUGUCAAUGAUAUUGGGCGACUGGUUUAUUCUCAUUUCAACAAUCAACUUACUGCUCUUCCUUGUGGAAAUUACACUCUCCUUAACUAUGGUGUUUCAUUCAUUAAUAUUUACAGAUAUUGUAACCCAGAAGGAGUGGAUUGGUUGUUUGUAUAUUCAGUUCCUCAAUGGUUCUAUUUGGAAAACAUGAUCGUGGCAGUGAUAGUGGCUCUUUUUUCGAGUCUCGCCAUUGUAGUUGGCGGUGUAGCACUGGGAGUUUGGUUUUCAAUGAAAAUGAUCCAACCCAUUCAAAAUUUGGUUGUGCUCUUUGCAUCAGUUUCAAACAUGGAUCUGGAUUCUAUUGAUAUCACAUCUUCAUCAUUGUCUGAAGUAUUUUUAUUGCAGCAACAUUUCAAGUUCAUGGUCAAUAAGAUGCGACAGUAUCGUUGUUUUAUUCCUCCCCAUCUUUUAGCACAAAUUGAAUCGAGCGAACCAACCAAACCAAAGCAAGUGAAAGAUUCCACUCAAGAAUCUUCAAAGAAUUUGCGAGAAAGUAACUCAAUCUCUGGUACCAAUACAUCAGCAGCAAGCUCCUCAAAUAAGGUCCAGGAUUCUCAAUCUUCUGGAAAGCGUGUUACUAAUUCAAUGUUCAAGCUGGGUCUAGAGAAGAGAAAAUUUACUUCCUCAGCCAUUCAUUUUGUUGGAUUGGACAGAGCAUUGGAGUCCCUAUCUUCCAAAGAAGUUACCAUGCUUUUGCAUGACUUUUUUGAAGUGGUUCAAAAAACGAGCUCUCAAUCUUCAAGUUACUUGGGUAACUUUGAACAAAACACUGUGAACAUUUCCUGGAAUUUAACAAGUGACGUUUCCAAUCAUGAAGAAAAAAGUAUUGCUAUUACUUCAUUCAUUCUUGAAAAACUUCAAGCCCUACCUCAAACAAAAUGGAGCAAAUAUGAAAACCUUCAAAUGAAAUUCAUAGCUGCUACCGUGAGUCAAGAAUGUGUGUGUGGCAAUAUUGGUACUAACCAAUGCAAGAGUUUCUCUGUGUUCGGAAGCUACCAGUUUAACUUGAAGAAGUUAAUCAAACAUGCCUCCAAGCUACAAUUGUCGUUGGUUACAACUCGGAACGUUUCUGAGAGGAUUAAGCAUUCACGAUUGGUUAGAUUUAUUGGUCACAAAAAACUAUUGCCCAAUGAAGAGAAUAUUCCCUUCGUUUCUAGAAAAACCAGUGAAAAAACUGAAAUUUAUGAAGUCGGUGAGAGCACUGAAUGUGACAUGGAUGAGUGGAUGUAUGAAUUAGAACAGAAGAAACGAAAAGAGAAAUGGAAUCAAUACCACAGUGCUUGUGAGAAGUUUCUUUCGCAAGAAUAUGAAACAGCAAAGGAGCUUUUCCAAACUUAUUUUAAGGAAAAUCAAAGUGAUCUCGCCGCAUCUUAUAUGAUACAUCAAUGUUCUUCUAAGGGUUUGGUUUGA